AUGUCAGCUUCCGAGGCUUCGUCAUCAGGAUAUGUAAAUGAUGCAUGGCCAAGCUCAGAUGCUGACGGAGUCGUGCACAUUCCGCUGAAUCUCACAAAGAUAACCAUUGGUAAAUGCCCUCAUCUAAUAUUUGAGGGGAGUAGGGAAGAUUUGGUUGGAUUUACCUCCCUUGAUGAAGAUGCCCAAGAGAAGGGAAGAUGUCUCCUCCCACAAUCACUCGAUCAACUUGUUUGGACUGGUUGUCCCCAAAAGACAAUGCGGCCCUGCUUUGUGGGAAAUCCCACGUGCCUUAGAAAAUUGGAAUUAAAUGAAGGAAGUUUGGAAUAUUUACAGGUGGAUUCCUGUACGGCGUUAGAAGAAUUGGAAGUUGAAAAUUGUCAUCCGCUCGUCGCUAUAGAGGGCACACAGGUGCUUGGAACACUCAGGUCUUUGGUAUUACUUGUGAACUCAAGCAUGGAAUCUCUACAGCUACAUUCGUGCACGGCGCUGGAACAUUUGGAAAUUCAGUACUGCAGUUCACUCAUCUCACUAGAGGGCUUGCGAUCCCUCGUGAACCUCAAGCAUUUGAAAAUACUCUAUUCCCCUGCCUUGGUUUCCCUUACCACAUUGGAGAGUUAUGAGCCAAUUGAGGGAAUUUCAAGUCAUAGCUAUGAGUUAUUCCCUGCACUGGAAAGUCUCGAGGUCCAUGAUUUGUCUCCCCUUAACACGUCAUUCUGCAAGGGCCUCACCUGCCUCCGAAGCCUAAUGCUUAUUGAAUUGGAAUCAACGAGGCUAACAGAUGAGCAAGAGAGAGCACUUCUGCUCCUCAGGUCCCUGCAAGAGCUCUGCUUUGUUGAAUGUGAGGAUCUCGUACAUCUUCCUGCAGGCCUGCAUGGCCUCCAUUCCCUCAAUACGUUGAAGAUCACAUGUUGUAAUAGCAUCUCAGGGCUUCCGAAGGAGGGCCUUCCACCUUCACUGGAAAAACUGGAGAUCUACGACUGCAGCGACGAGUUAUCAGAAGGAUGCAGAUCACUUGCAACAAGCAAGCUAGAGGUCGAAAUUGAUGGGUGCUAUGUGAACUGA